AUGGAUUAUACGAAGAAGAUGGCGAGAGCUUCAUUCUUUGCUGCGUGCUUGGUGGGGGCUGGGCAGUCCUUCAAGUACUCUCUCGACGACACCGUAUACGAGCAAGCGCGCACGAGCUACUCUGAAGGUUGGAUGUACGGCUCUAACACGGGGCCGAUGGGGGCUACUCAUGGCUCUUCUUACAUCCAUACGGACCUGCAGGUUACAGCUAUACCUCUCCGAGAGCCCAGCAGCGGCGAGUUCAACAUCAGCAUAAUGUUUUAUCGGUCGACGGUGCUUGACUAUGGCGUUUACGAGAACCUCAACAUCUGCGACGAAAGAGUGUCGCCGCCGUCCGCUUUUACAGAUGUUGAGGUAAUUUCGUUCCCAGCCGUCCGAAACGCCGAUUACGGGGCGGAAGAUGGCGCGUUGGGCCAAGCCUAUACGGCGGACGUGCUGGCGCACCGCGAGAUCACGGAGUCGGGGCUUCAGCACGCCUUCAUUCAGGUGUGCCCCACCGACGUCGGCGCCGAGGUCCUCAACACGGCCGGCUCGCUGGACUUCAGGAACCCGUACGGCUACCUGCCGGGCGCGGACUACGGCUGCCUCCCGUUCGAGGUGUUCCGCGUUGUCGCGUCGAUGGCGCUCGGCAUCGGGUUCGGCUACGCCAUGCUGGCGCACCGGGCGUCGAUCCUGCCGGUGCACAAGAUGAUCAUCGGGGUGAUCGUGCUGAGCACGCUAGAGGCUUCGACCUGGUGGGGCGCGUACAGCUACGUCAACGCGACGGGGAGGCCGUACUGCUGCCCGUACCCGGGCGUGGUGGUGCUGGCGAUGCUGAUGGAGGUCGUCCGGCGAACUACGAGCAGGUUCAUGCUGCUCAUGAUCUGCCUCGGGUACGGCAUCACCCGGGUGCAGCUCGAGAGGAGGGAGAUGAUCUCGGUCUGCGCGCUGACGGUGGCGUUCUUCGCGUCGGGCAUCGUGCAGCUGGCCUCGUCAGUGGGCUCCGCCUCCAACGUGGGCAGCGGGGGCGAGUACGAGACCUACAACCCGUUGCUGGCCGUGCCCGCCCUUCUCUUCGACAUGGUGUUUCUGACCUGGAUAUACGGGCAGCUCUCGAACAUGUUGAAAGAGCUUAAGGACCUGAACGAGACCUAUAAGUACAAGAUGUUCAGGGGCCUGGCGUGGACGUUGGGCACCUUCGUAACCCUGUUCACGACCCUCACGGUGGCGAUGCUGGCGGCGGAGGGAAGCCAGACUCAGAGCUGGGAGUGGAAGUUCGAGUGGAUCAACGUCGUUUCUUGGGAGAUUCUCAAUUUCUGCAUGCUGGCAGCCGUGAGCAUAAUUUGGCGCCCGUCUCCUCGCAGCGCUUUGUUGGCGUACUCGAAGCAGCUUGCCACCACGGAGGUCGGCGCGGAAGAAGCUGACGGCAUCGAGAUGGACACGGUGGAGUUCCAAGGGGCCCCAGGAGGCCAGUUCACGAUAGGGGAUGAUGGCGACGACGAUGGCGUUGAGGAGGAGGGGGAUGAGUUGGGCGACCGCGAGGGGAAGGUCGACGGCCAGGGCGGCCUUGGGACGGUUUACUCCAUGGCCAACUUCGAGCCGCAGAGACACACGGACCUCGCGUAGGGCGUGUUCGGUAGCAGCGGAGCCUUGCUGAGGCAAAGAGCUCUGCAGUGAGUCUCACCGCGUGCGUCGUUGUUGUGUUGUUGUUGUCGCUACCGCCGUUGCGAAGUGUGUUAUGUGUGUCUCGCCGACGCUUGGUAAGUGUUUAUCUAGUGCA